GCAGUACUUUAAAGAAGAUUCUUUAAUAUUACAUCUCUUUAUAAUUUAAUAUAAAAACAUUACUAUUUCCCGCGUGUGUUGGUUUUUUGUUUACAUAUGUGUGAGAUGUGCUCGUGGCCAUUAUUGUGAUAGUAUAGUUUGUGUACCAAAAUGGGAGAUAACGAUUCGAAUGAUAAGAAGAAUGCUAAUAGGCAUUCACUUAACGCUAUUAAAGGCGGUUUUGUGAAGGAUAUGGUGAAUCGGGGAUUCAGGAAGAAGAUUAAUGAUAGUGAUAAGAAUGAUGAUAGCAAUGUUGAUGGACCUUCUAAUGAUAUCACGGAUAAGGGUCAUCACCGCAAUGCAGGCAUAGAGGAUUCAGAAAAUAUUUUAUCUCAGGCACAAUCGGAUACAAAAGAUAAACCAUCUGUUGCCAAGUCUUUGGCCGAGAAAUAUGAGCGUGGUUUAUUUAAUCGUAACAAAGUAGAUGAAUCACUUAUUAGCAAAGCUGAAUCUCAACCUAGUACCACACCUUCUACCUCUAUGGGUUCUAGCGAAAUAAAGGGUGCACGUGCUUUUGGCGGUUCAUCUCAGGUAAGCUCCAAUGCUGGUCGUCGUGUUCAUACUUUGGCGGACACUGCUUCCACUGAUGACGCUAGUAUUAGACAGGCUAUGUCCCAAUCCUUUUCCAGCCCUGGUGUUAGUCAGCCAGAGCAACCCGAGCGUGCCUCGCGUGGCCGUAACAUGUUUGGUAUGCGUCGCCGUCCAUGUUGGAUUCGUAUUCAAGUGAAGGAGAAGAUAUUUCCCGGUAAGAUGGUAUUGGCAAUCAGUACUACAAUACUGAUGAUCGUAGUCUUCUUGUUCGAAUUGUUACUUAACAAGACAACAUUCAAUGGCCGUUGCAUUGGUCAGGUAGAUUACAGUAACCGCCUUGCAGGGAAAUCGACACUUUCAUUCAUAGGCUAUGUUGGUUGUGAGAAUAACCUCAAAACAACUGCUGCCGAACGUGGAUUCCUUGGUGCAGCAGCAAGCGACGCUGGAUACCCCGAUGAUAUAGUUACAGAUGGAAGACUCGCUCACGCUCCUGCUGUGGUAGAUGGACCGAAUGUUCGUAUUGCAUCCAUAAUCGGGGCUGUAUCUGCCAAUGAAGUUCGCUUAUAUAAUGAGAAGUUUCGUAUUCUAUCGGCAAUCUUUUUGCACGCUGGCUUCACACAUCUUUUCACCAAUUGUCUAAUGAAUAUGUUGCUUCUCUAUGUGAUUGAGCCGGACUGGGGAUUCAAACGCACAUCCCUAUUAUAUUUAGUAGCCGGUAUUGGAGGAAACCUUGUCCAUACCAGUAUGUCUCCUUGUAUCCCAUGCUGGGGAGCUUCCGGGUCCCUUUUUGGACUCUACGGUGCUUUUAUCCCUUAUACAAUAGAACACUGGGAUAAUUUGCGCAGUCCCUUGCUCCUCUUGUUAAUUUCCGUCGCAUUCGUUAGCAUUGAGUUUUUUUCCUUCGUACGUGGUGUGAGCAAGCAUGCCCACUUGGGUGGUUUUGCGUUUGGUUUGUGUUUCGGUUUCGCCACAUUGAAAUCAGUAUCUGCGUUUGACCGUGGUGCCUUGUGGUCACGUAUAGCACUUCGGUUUUCUAGUAGGCUUUCACCAGAGGCCGUGCAGAAACACCAAGCCAAGGUUGUGAAGAGUGCUCAGUCAGAGGAGAUUCUGCGUAUUAAAUAUGAGCAGGGUGCUAAGGAUAGUGCUAAUCGUCUUCGCUUUGUCAAGCGUAUGUUCGGUAUAUAUCCCUAUGGCCCAUACCGUAUGAGGCUGCGUGAUGUACUUACUCGCGUUGUAUUCCUUUGUGCCCUAAUCGCGAUGUUUGUAUUCUUCUACUAUUCUACGUUUAACGAGAGGUUCUACACUUGGCUAAACCGUGCCGGCAUUCGUUUUGUGUCUCCACUGUGCCAUUGUGGUUAUUUGCGUGAUCUUACCGGUCCUUCGAUUUUGUCGAAGCAAAUAGGAUCACUGGCGGGAAAGUAUUACUGCUUCCAAAGCGAAGCACUCUGGAAUGUUUUUUGUGAGAAAUAAUAGCAAGCAGUGGUAUUAACCAUAGGUGACUUAUCACAUUCAUCACUAUGUAAAAAGUCAAUCAGCGAUUAGAAAAGAUAAAUGCUGUUAGACUGGUUGAACCACUUCUGCCCUGCGGUCGAAACCGACUGCGCAUCUUCCUUGCGUAAGCAUGUGAAAC